CAGACAGAAUCCAAAUCGGUGCCGUGCAGUGCGUAUCCACAUGACAGAUGAGCAAAGCUCCAGCCAACCUGCUAAUUGCCAAAUUAGUUAACCAAUUACCCAUUUCAGCCAUUAUAUGAUGCCAGAAAUCCAUAGCCAAUAAAACUAUUACGGUGACAGUGACAGUGACUGACGUUUCUCCACUCCACCAAACAAACAGCAGCUGCGUUCAAUUACAUCAUAUUCAAGCCUAAGCAACCCCGCACCGAAUCAUUCCUGUCGGCAACAACCAUCGUCUUGCCCCUUGAGCCGCCACUCAGCGGCUAGCAAAUGGAUUUCUAGAGAGAUAAGAAAAGAAAAGAAAAAGAUUCAAGCUUUGGAGAGAGAGAGAGAGAGAGAGAGAGACCGACAAAACAUAAAAGAAAUGUUUUUUAUUUUCACAUAAAAUAAGAAGACUUGGUCUUUAGGAGCAGUCUCAAGCUUUAGAGGAGAUUCAGAAACUCUAGUUUUCAGUCUUUCCUGGCACUUAGCUCACAAUUUGCUCUGUGGCUGAGAGACAGGUAGAGUGUGUCUGUGUCUGUGUUUCAGUGUCAAGUAAUUUUCAGAAAUCCUUUUGGGGGGUCACCAAUGUUGGUUCAGGAACGUACAGCAGCUCCUAAAUCUUCAAGCCCCCUCCCUACCACCCUCCAUACAAACCACAACAACAACCACCACCACCACCACCAGAAUUACCGUUUCUCUCCUUCCAAAUCCCUUGAUUUCUCCACCUGGUUCUCUGAAAACCUCUACAAGAUCAUCAUUUGUUUUUUCCUCAUCGCCACCGUAGCAGCCGUCUUCUUCCUCCGGAAUACUGGUGACACUGCUGCCUUUCUCUAUCUUCAGUCCAAGUCUCAACCCAUUGAGAAAACCCUCCCAUUUCCCCAUAUUAACUGGAAUCACAUCGCACCCAUUGCUGAUAAGACUUCAAUCUAUGCCAAUUUUCGCACCGAGAGAUGGAUCAUUGUUUCGGUCUCUGAUUAUCCCUCUGAUUCGCUUAAGAAACUCGUUAAAAUUAAGGGUUGGCAGUUGCUUGCUAUUGGGAAUUCGAAGACCCCUAGAGAUUGGGGGUUAAAGGGUGCGAUAUACUUGUCAUUGGAGCAGCAAGCGAGUUUGGGAUUUAGGGUUGUGGAUUUUGUGCCAUAUGAUUCUUAUGUGAGGAAAAGCGUUGGGUAUUUAUUUGCUAUCCAACAUGGGGCCAAGAAAAUCUUCGACGCAGAUGAUCGUGGUGAGGUGAUUGGACAAGAUUUAGGGAAGCAUUUUGAUGUGGAAUUAAUUGGGGAGGGAGCUAGGCAAGAGAUCAUAUUGCAGUACAGUCAUGAGAAUGAGAACAGGACUGUGUUGAAUCCUUAUAUUCAUUUUGGGCAGAGAUCGGUUUGGCCAAGAGGGUUGCCACUGGAGAAUGUGGGUGAAAUUGAGCAUGAAGAGUUCUACACUGAGAUUUUUGGUGGGAAACAAUUUAUUCAGCAAGGGAUUUCAAAUGGAUUGCCAGAUGUUGAUUCUGUCUUCUACUUUACUAGGAAAUCUGGUUUGGAAGGUUUUGAUAUUAGGUUCGAUGAGCAUGCCCCUAAAGUGGCAUUGCCUCAGGGGAUAAUGGUACCAGUGAAUUCGUUUAAUACAAUAUUUCAUUCAUCUGCUUUUUGGGGUUUGAUGCUUCCGGUUUCAGUAAGCACAAUGGCCUCUGAUGUGUUAAGGGGCUAUUGGGCACAAAGGCUUUUGUGGGAGAUUGGUGGGUAUGUUGUGGUUUAUCCACCUACUGUUCAUAGAUAUGAUAGGAUUAAGGGAUACCCAUUUUCGGAAGAGAAGGAUCUUCAUGUAAAUGUAGGGAGGCUGAUUAAGUUCUUGGUAGCAUGGAGGUCGAGUAAGCAUAGGUUGUUCGAAAAGAUUUUGGAGUUGAGUUAUGCAAUGGCAGAGGAAGGCUUUUGGAAUGAGCAGGAUGUGAAGUUUACUGCUGCUUGGCUUCAUGACUUGAUUGCUGUUGGAUAUCAGCAGCCCAGAUUAAUGUCAUUGGAAUUGGAUAGGCCACGGGCAAGUAUUGGCCAUGGGGAUCGAAGGGAGUUUAUUCCUCGUAAGCUGCCAUCUGUGCAUCUUGCAGUAGAGGAAACAGGGACAGUGAGUUAUGAGAUUGGAAACUUGAUUCGAUGGAGGAAGAAUUUUGGAAAUAUUGUGCUUAUCAUGUUUUGUACUGGGCCUGUGGAACGGACUGCUUUGGAAUGGAGAUUGCUUUACGGGAGGAUAUUCAAAACAGUGGUUAUUUUGUCGUGGCGGAAGAACGAGGAUCUUGCUGUUGAAGAGGGCAAUUUGGAACUGUUAUACAAGCAUCUGCCCAAGAUAUUUCAUCGGUUUACUAGUGCAGAAGGCUUUUUAUUCCUUAAGGAUGAUACUAUCCUCAAUUAUUGGAAUUUGCUUCAAGCAGACAAGACUAAGCUAUGGAUUACUGAUAAGGUUUCAAAAUCCUGGAGUACUGUGUCAACCAAUGGAAACUCAGAUUGGUAUGGGAAACAAGCAGAAAUGGUAAAAAAAGUUGUUGGUUCAAUGCCUGUUCACUUCCAAGUAAAUUACAAGGAAGCUAUGAAGAAUGAUCAGAGCGUGACGAUAUGCAGUUCUGAUAUAUUCUACAUUCCUCACCAGUACGUAGCCGACUUUGUAGAUCUUGUCAGCCUUGUGGAUGAUCUGGAAAUCCAUCACAAAAUUGCUAUACCUAUGUUCUUUGUCUCAAUGGAUUCCCCUCAGAAUUUUGACUCUGUGCUUAGUAAAAUGGUAUAUAAACCGAAGCCACCAUCUACCAAUUCAACCAUUUAUUCAGCUCAAACACCUGCUGUUCACCCGUGGAAUGUGUCAAGUGAACAAGAUUUCAUAAAGCUGGUAAGAAUAAUGGCAGAAGGUGACCCUCUUCUGAUGGAGUUAGUUUGAAGGUAAAAACAUCUUUUUGAUACUUACAAGAACCAUGGUAGGACAAAGAAGCUUUACCAUUUUGUAACUGUGAUACGAAUUUCUGUUUUAUUUCUUGAGGGUGAGGGCUUUAUUAUUAUUAUUUUUUUCAAUCCCUACUGUAAUUGUAAAUUUUUUUCGAAUUUCUUUGUAGAGUAUCUUGUAUGAUUCGUUUACUGAUAUGGGUAUUCACUUUAAUGAUAAAAUGAUAUGAUCCGAGGCAAUAUCACUGUUUUUUGCCAUCAAA